UAACUGUUCUUAACUUCAUCUUUGGAAAACAGUUGCAUUAGUCAGAGGCAGUACUGAGCCAGAUACAUGUAACCAUGACUGGUUGUGUGUGAAGUUUGGAUCAAGACUUAGGCAUACCAUGUUUAGGACUGUAAGCAGCUAAUCUACAGUUUAAGUUUCUAUAGGAUCUUCAGAGUUCACUUGAGUAAAUUGUGACCAGUUUGAAUAUCUGAAAUUGUUCUUACAGUUAAGCUUGUUUCUGUGAACAGUAAUGUCAUGUUCAGUUUGCCAUUAGAAAACUGCUUUGUGAAUAUCUUCCCCUAUGAUUGUCUUUGCCAGUAUGUUAUUUGUUUCUAUUUUACUGAUUCAGUGCUUCUUUCUCCUUGAUUAAUUUGGAUUUCUCAAGUUUCCCAAUGUUUACCUCUAUGAAUUUAGCUAGCUUGAUCCUACUUACACCUGCACAUGUAAGGUCACUUCAGCUUUGGGUGUUAAUAAUCUUAGCAGAUCUGUUUUUAACUGAAUGUUACGUCCACUUUUGAUUCAUUAAGGAAAUGGAAGGAAGGACUGUUUUCCAUCGAACAUCCAGGGCAAGAUGUGAUUGGGAUUACCUUUCAAUUAAACUUGAAUUAUCUUCUUCGUAAAUGUUGGCUUGAGCUUUAGCCUUUUCCAUUACCCCUCAAUGGAUCCUGUGAAUGGACCUCGCACAGAGAGGAUGUGAUGAUCUCUGAUAUUCACAGGCCCUGAAAACUCCUGAAUAGGACAAAUGUCUUUUUACCCUUUUUUAGUGCUUGGGUCUCAUCCAAGGAAAGGCUGGGAAUUAGCUCAUCCUCAGGCGAAACCUGACUGCUUUCGUUGGCUCUUGAAUUAUGAACUGAAACUUCGUAAUGGGGAUGUAAGGUAAAAUAGGCUAGCCAUAAAAGUUGCCUUGCUGUGUUUUUUUGGAUGAAUGCAGCUAAUAACACUGAAGAAGACCCAGAAUAUUCCAGGGUUUUUCUCUUAGCGAAUUCGUAGCGCUGAAUUCUAAUAUCAGAAGAAUCUGUUGUAUUGAGAGAAAAUCUGCGUGGGUCCUCACCAGUCUUGCCUAUCUUCAGCUGAACUGAAAGAGGCCUUUCUGAAGUCUCAACUGUAUUAACUCACAUCAGCCUGCUGAAGCCAGCUAGCGUGUGCUCAGUGCCCUUUGCAAGCUUCUGAUGAGGCUUCAGAGAACUGGAAUUAUUCGUCACUGAUGUCUUUGUCAAAGCAGCCAUGCUCAGGGUGAGGGAGAGCCAUCUGCUCCCGCAGGGUUCAGCUGAGCGCUGCCCACGAGCUGCUGUGCUUCACUGCUGGGGCCUCCGUGGGCAUUUCUGCAUUUCCUUCACCAGAAACAAAAUUAAACACUUGUUCAGGGUAUUUUUGCCUACAGAUAAAAAAGGGGGAUGGAACUAAGAUCCAUAGUAUCUCAAAAUUGAACCAUAGAUUAAAUAUCAUUUUGCUUAAGGAAUGUAAUAAGUAUUUAUUUGGUGAAUUGGAAAUGUCAGCAGAAAAGAUAAAUAGAAAAAAUAGUUCAAGGUUUCCUUUUUUUUUUUUUCCCCCUUUUGUUUCCUUUGACUUUUCCUUUAGGACUUUAUUAUUAACAAUGAAAUAACAAACUUGCUUGGGGGCAGAAUUGCACGCUGAGGAUCAUAACGGUGGCUAUAAAAACAAUGUUUUCCUCCAUGUAUGCCAGACAGCUUACAUUUUAACCCUGUAAAGCGGAAUCCACAAAGUGGGCCAUAUGAAUUUUUGCUGAUAAGGUUUUGAAUUAAUCCCAUUUUGUAGAGACCUGUGCUUGCAGAAGCUUAUGGAAAUCCAUCGCGGUUGCAGAUUGUUUUCCAAGUAAUAUCCUCACAGACCACGAAGCCUAUCUUUUUAUGAUAAAUGCAUAAAGGUUUUUGCUGAACUUCAGUUUUAAGCCACUCCAUCUCUAAUCUUUGUCGCUUGGUUUUUAAGCAGGCUUUGGGUGUCUGGCUGAGCCGCAGCAGCGCUGACACAGAGAUGGCGCAGCUCAGGGUGGGGGGAGUGGAGCUGGGGGAGGUUCAGCCUCGACACAGCUUGCAUUUCCCUCCUCUUUGGUACAGCUGAAGCUCUUAUUUCCUGCACAGACAAGCAGGCAGCAUGAUUCUGAAUAUCUGGGUGGAGGAUAAUAUACUGCAAAAUAAUUCAACCAUAAUCCCUAAGGAUGGGAUAACAAAUAGCAUCCCUUCUGUACUGGCAGCUGGAAUUACUUUAGAAGGUGUAAAGCAGCUCAGUGCUCUGAGGAGCUGCCUUUAUAGCACGCUUUUAAGUAGGCACGUCUGUAACUUUGCAGAUGACGCUGCUCGCAGGCACAGCGGUGGCUGCAGGCUUGUUGGCUGCGCUGGGGGCUGACGAAGUGCUGCAGCCGCUGGCUCUGUGCCCGGAGCUGCAGGCGCAUUGCAAGGCAGCUCGGGAGGGCAGAUGCUUGCUUGCAGGCACCCAUGCAUCGUAGUUGCCUGUCUUUCCUGGCUGCCCUUGAGAAGAUUACAGCAUUAAGUAAAUGUUUUUCUUGAUACUGGUAUGACUUCUAAUCUGACUGGUUAAGAGUCAGUUAAGUAGUCGCUCAAGGAAGAGCUGGCUCUGCAUCCAGAGGGAAAGCUUUAAGUAAAAAUAACUUUAAAACUGCUCUUAAAAAACUCACGUAGCUGCGCCCAGGCCGAUGUUUGCUAAGAGUGCUUCAGGGAUAAGGUGGGGCCUUGGCCUGUUAUUGUUUCUCAGUUCUCCAGCCUGGACCCUGGUGGUAAUGCAUGCAGAAGGGGAGGUGGGAGGGAGUGCACAACACCAUGGCAGGAAUGGCUGCAGGUGUCUGCUGGGCUCCAGCUGUUCAGAAUCAGCUGGCCCAAAUCCAAUCCGAGUUAAUGGGAUCACAGAAUGGAGGUUUAUAUGCCAGAUAAUGAAGUCCUAUGGAAGCAAGUGCUUUUAAUUUUGGUUUAUACUCGCUGUAAGUCUUUGGAGAAAUUAAGUUUCCUUUCCUCCCUAAGAAGGUAUAAAUGAGAAGUGCACCUUUUACGCAGAUGAAUAUGUGAAUGGUGAGGAGCUAAUCUGAUCUAUUAGUACAAUUGGAACUUUGUCUACUUACUGCUUUAAGCCAAACUGCAGUAGGUUUAGAAAUAAUCUUCAGUUUAAAAAGCUGCACUUGAAAAUAGGUCUAUUUCUGAGCAGAGUAUUUAAUGCUGAGUGACCAAAGAGCAGUGUGUGGCUUUAUGAGGCUCUUACUGAGAACUGCUCUCCAACUGUGCAGCGCAGGUCUGGAAGCUGGGCAUGCUCUGCAUCUGCCCUCAUUGCCAACCUUCUGCAGGCCAAACAGUUCCCAACACUAUACUGAAAUAAACAAAUGUGCAUAAGAACUUCUUUACAGUGAGGUGAUGGAGCACUGGAACAGGCUGCCCAGGGAGGUGGUGGAGUCUCCUCUGGAGAUGUUAAAGACCUGCCUGGAUGCCUACCUGUGCAACCUGCUGUAGGGAACCUGCUUUGGCAGGGGGGUUGGACUCGAUGAUCUCUGGAGGUCCCUUCCAACCCCUACAGUUCUGUGAUUCUGUGAUUCUGUGUUGAUUGAUACUUCUUUUUGUAGUGCUUUUCUUAAACUGUUACUUCGGCUGUACUGGGUCCAUCUAGCCCUACAUCCUGUCUCUGCCUGUAGCCAGCACAGUUGCCUGGAGAGCAGCAUUGCAAUAAGCAAUGGAUGAGAGGAUGCUGGGCCAAAAUAUUUUCCCUGCUUUCUGUGACUGCAGUCGAGAGUGCUUCAAAAUCAAUGGUAUAUUGCCCAAGGAUGGCAGACACACAGGGCUGGCGCCGGGCUGAGUCUGCAGCAUUGGGCUGGAAGGAGGUGUGGCCACACACUGCGUGGAGAGUAGUGCAGGUUCCAGGUGGGAUCCUUGCUCUGCUCCUUCAUCAUCAGCGUAGUUUGGGUGCUGGGCAGAUGUCCCGCUCCAAAGCCAGAUGUUCGGAGCAUGGCUGGGAAGAGAAUUUGCUUCUCUGAGCUCAAGCAAUAGUAUGUUUUAGGGUUAAUUGAUAAGGGGAUGACUCUAAUGUAAAAUAAUGGUUGUAGUGAGGCUAAAUAAGUUAUCACCUUUUGUAACCAGAAAACUAUCCAGCUGCAAUGGAAAGCCAAAAUCUGCAGAGAAGAACCAUCCUCCAGAAAGCAUGGGGGCACCAGGUGGUGUCAGGAACUGUUUUGCUCUUGGAGAAGUGUUGGUCCCACUCUUCAUUGCGUUUUCAGGCUGCCACUUUUCUUCCUAAAGGUCCUUGUUCCAGGGGAGGGUGAGGAGGUCAUAGGAGUGAACACCCGUGCUGCUGUGAACUUAGAAAGCUUUUCAGUUUGCUAGACUCUGGCAAAAGCCUCUGAUCUGCACUGCACAAUCGAGCCUCAGUUCACGCUGGCGGUGGAGGCCUGUAGCUGGUAACGUGGGCAGCUUCAGGCUGUCCUGAAAGGUUUUGUUCAGCGUGUGCCUCUGCUCCGCUGGCUGGCCCUUGCCUUUCUCAAAAUGUUAAGUAUUCAGCCCUGCUCCACUGCAUUAUCUCACAAAUCUCCUUUUGUUUGGCGCUUUUCUGAAGCGUGCAUUGUGUGCGGUGGCACCAAUGGUGGCUGAGCUGCAUUUGCUGUGUGCUCGGAGGGGCUCUGCGGCACGGCCCGCUGCGGGCUGCUUCGUGCUCAUGCACAGCCUCCUUGCCUGAAACCUGUGAAUGGAAGCACAGAAAUACCACAGCUUUUAUUUGGUGGUGGCUGUGUCAUGCUCCUAUUCCUGGAGCUGUCAGACGGAAGGGAGCUAAUCUGAUAACCCGUAAUACUUUGUCUUCUGUGAUCUUGCUCGAUAGCUGUGCUUUAACGCCCAAUUUCUUAUAGAGUGGGGCGGAAAGGGGAAAAAAAAAAUCCUGUUCAGGCUCAAAUCCUGUGCAGCCAGGCUGCUGAGUUUUCAUCAAAAGCAGGAAACAGAUGGACAGGCGCAGCUGCAGGAGGUGCUGCAAUUCUGAAAUACUCUCCAGGCGCGUGCAUGCAGGGACAUCAGCACAGCAGUGCUGCUCUGCACCGUGUGGACGGGUGGCCCCACAGCCCGCAGCGCUGCUUCCGAGCGGCACUGCUGGCACCACAUACAGCGCCGGGGCUCUGGGCCAGCUUGCUGGAACGGUGUUAAAAUAUGGGGAAGACAGAUGCAUCAAAGACUAAGUCUUGUGUUUGUGCAGCAUGCUGAGGGCCCUGUCCUGGGGAGCUUCCCUCUGUAUCCUCUCCAGACGCACCUUCUUACUCUCUGUUGAGUUCUCCUUUGCAAUCUGUACAGCUACGUAAUGAAGGGGUCUUGUGAGCUGAUGGAGUCUCAGAGGCAGCUAGAGAGAGCUCUGGGACGACCGUUCUUAUGUGCUGGGUACAGAAGAGCAAAGAGGGUCUGCAGCCAAGCAGUGCCCCAAAUCUGUGUCCAGCCACUCACACGGUCUGAUAUGCAGUCAUUGCUCAAGGGAUGUGCUGUAAAAAUUAGCCUGUAUAUUGUUUAUUGGACUUUUCCUGUUUGCUUGAAAGGUGCAAAUAUUUAGAUCUCUUCCAGAACAGAUGUGAGUUAUUUUCCUCAUUUGGGAGGUUUAUUUUCUUAAGCAGUUCUGUAUUUUUUCUUUCUUUGUAUAGUCUUUUACAGAAAGUAAAGAUAUUUUCUGAGCAAGAAGUCUACAUAAACACAACUGUGUAGAGGGGAGAAUGUGUUUCGCUGCCUGCUUUCCCUUUUCUAAAGACAAAAGAGCCUUAUUGAAACGUGUUUCCUUUCUGUCUGCUAAUGGGUUUGCCUUCCUUCCUCCUCACAACGAGCUCAGCAUUCUCCCAUCCUGUUGGGUAUGAAUUUCAGCCUGGACUGUUUUCCCUGUUGAGGUGUUGAGUCAUUGGCCUUGAAUGGGAGCUGCAGCAGGACUGGGGAAAUCUGUGGCUUGGGAAGUAAGAGGUUGUCCAGCCAUGUGGUGCUAAAUGGGAUGAAUUUUACAAAACAAGUGUAAGGUGCUAUUCACUUUUGUCUGGGGCUCCUCAUGCUCUUUUCCUAGCUUUAUGUCUGGAUACUUUCUUACGUUAUGGAGCUGGAUACAUUCCAAAACAUUAUGCAUAAAAUGCCCCAAGGAAGGGGUGGUUUCCGUCAGUCAAUAGCAGUGUUCCAUUUUAAGCUGUAUCAGGUUGAAGGGGAAAAAAUCCUGUACUGUGUCACUGGAACUCUUUUGUGUCUUGGAGGAAAGAUGCUGAAAGUCUUUCUCCAAACGCUGCGUGGGAAUUACGUCCUGAAGUCUGGAUAUUAUCCAGAGCUUAAUUGUGCUAAUUCAUAGAAAUGCUAAACUCACUAAACUGCACAGCAGAGCUGCAAAUUUGGCUGUAAGUGCAGACAGUGUAUUGCUUUGUGUGCACUGUGAUCACCAACACUGGGCUGAGGUGCACCCUUUGCAAGAGUUAGUGAAAUGGACAAUAAUUAAAGCAGGCUUUGCUAUGUGCAAAACAGGAAGGAGCUAAACAAGCCAGAAGAAAGCUUCCCAUGCUUUUCCCAUGCUUCCCAAGUGUCGCACACUUUUAGUUACACUUUUAGAGAGAUUCGGAAGAGUAGAUUUUGGAAUGGCAUUUACGCUGAUUGUUUGGUUUUCAUGAAAGUGUUUUCAAGAGCACUCAAACACCCACUAACGAGGAAAGAGGUGCUCGGAGGUAGACUACAGAAUUCUGCAGUAUUCCCCUCCUAUGCCCUUUUCAGCACAGUUCUUCAGACAGAAGUAAUGAGAAUUACUUGUGGCAAAUCUAGGAGGAUUUGGGAACUUGUCCCUUCCCUACCCCUCAGCUUAAAGCUGUAGUUCCUCUGGAAAUAUUCGCAGAAAGAAAAUCACAAGCUUCUGUGAUGGAUCACUAAUCCAUCUGUAAGGAAAUAGCCAUGAGAGGGACAAAUGCGUCGCUUGAGCACGCAGUGGGGCAGGCCCACGAGGUCUCAUUGACUGCUUGGUUAAUGGCAGCAUACUGAACUGUCAGGCAGGCUCAUUAGGGACACGCUGCUAAUUCAGUCAGGCAACGGCUGCCAGGCUGCAUUGUGCAGAGCUGAGCAGCGUGAACAGAGCCCGCAAGCAAAGCUGCUGGAAUCCGCUUUUGUGCUCCCUUUGGACAGCUGUCCUCCCUUGUUGGCUUCUUUCCCCAGUUCUAACUGGCCACGUGGAGUUUUGGCACUGUUCGUGUUGCCUGAAGAUUAAUUGUAGAUUGCAGAAGUAAUCCAACUGGUGCUAACCUGAGUAACCCUGCUUCUCUUCCCAGCUGAUUUUGCAUACAUACCUUUAGUCACAGUGUCAGAGCCAGCGUUAAUUCACUGCGUCUGGUGACUUAAUUGGAAAUUGGUUUAAGCUUUCUCUUUAAACCCUAAUUUGGAAUGCUGUAGGUGUUUUCCUUAUCUUCACUGCUCACAUCUGCUUGGCAGCAUAUGCUGAAGUUUGCAUUUCUUUUCUGCUGUCAGAAAGGUCUCCUUUUUGGUCUCCUGGCUUGAUUUUUCAGUUACGUCUCUCUGGAGCGAUGCCCAAAUGACAAGACAGAUCUUUAGCUCAAUGACCUGGAGGCACACGAGGGCCUCAUGCCUUCUCAGACGUCACACGAAAAUCUUUCCCAAGAAUUGAAAUUCAUCAAAGAAUUGCAGGUGGUUUCAGAGUCACCGCAGUAUUUGCCUUGUAAAUCCACCAUAAUCCCUUGAAGGACUUGGUACUGAGCUGUAAUGCUACGGACUGGCUUUUGGAGCAGAGAAGUGGUGGGGAAAACCCGUCUCAUGCAGCCCACAGGGGCUGGCAUCCUGCUUUUUGUGUGAUGGACCCCUUGGGUGAUUAUCAUGGAAGGUUGAAGAAGGGUAAGAGAUCGUUUCUGGCUCAUAAAGGGAGCAACUAGAUUGUGUCGGUGCUGUCUCUUUCUAGUGUGCAUCAGAAUAUAAAGUUAAUUGAGGAGUUGGAACCCAACAGAGGGUUUUCUGAUUCUCUGCCAUCUGCUUGAUUUUAUGACUCCAGCUCCUCUCCCAUUCUUGGAGAUGAUUUUCCCUGACAUCUUCAGUCUUAUUAAAGCUUGUUUUUGUUUCUGCCCAGUCUUCUGCCAGAGAAAGGCUGAAAUGGAUAAGUUUCUGGUAACCAUUUUCUGUGUUUUCACCUGAUUUGUCUCAUUGUUUUAAGGUUAGGUCACAUACUUAAGGAUUUCAGAUGCGAUCAGAAAUGAAGCAGAACAAGGUUUCCCAGGAGAUGACUGUGUGUGCUUGUGCAGAACGUGCUUCCCAGGGAAAUGGUCUGCAGAAUUACCUUGCAGAAUGCUGCACAGCUCCAGCACGUGUGUCGCUAACUGUCCAUUCACAAUGGAUGAUUUCUCCAGGUAAUGCUCUCCUCCAGCUGUGUCAGGCUCUGUCACCACACUGGGAGGCUGCCCUCCUUCCCAGAAACAACAGCUCCUGCCUCUGCCUGUUCACAUGGAGGGGUAUCUGUAAAGCGGUGCUCCAUUCAGGGAAAGGAAGCAGUAUUUUUCUAAGAAUGGAAAAACACUUGCUGUGUGGGAGGGAAAACUUCUUGUGAUCAAGCACUGAGUUUCCUCAAUUCACUUUGUGGGGGGUUUCUAUUGGAGUAAGGCUGGAGGAGGGAGAUUUGGGAUGAUUCUGGGAAGCUUUGACUCAGAAAGGGGAGAGUGAUUCAUAGAUUUUUAGUGCUGUUAUUUAUUAAAGCCAGAACAGACCAUUGGACCUAGUCUUAUCUUUCCUUUUGAAAAUGCAGAGCACUUAUGUGAUGACCCAAAAGAGUUUGUGGGUUUAAACUUAGGUCUUUUGGCAUUAAAAUAUAAAUCCUAGCAUUGGGAGUCAGCCUACCACUACUUUAAACUAGAUUUGUGGUCAGUUACUUCUGCAGUCGUGAUGGAAGAGUUCAUUCAUUCAAGAGCUGUUCUUUAAUUUUCAUAGGGAAAUGCUGAUUACCAAGGAAAUCAGCUUUUUUAGGGGGAGCCUUUUUCUUCUCCCUGAUUUGGAAGUUCAAUUUACUUCUCCAUAACUUCAUUGUUAGUACUCAAAAUAAAUGAUGAGUUGCAGGAUGUACCUUAGAAAAAAGGAUUUGAGCUCAUCUUUUCCUUUAAGCUUGCCUUACACCAAAGGCUCACACAGCCCCAGUGCAUUUGGAUAUGCUGUGUCAGUGGCUGAGAGUCAGGAAAGCUUCCAAGCUUCCAGCAGUCUGUGGUGGAUCCUGGAGCAAACAGCUUCAUUACCCUCCUGAAAACACUGCUAGCAGGGCGAUCUCAUCAUGUCUAAACUGCUGCCUUGAAUUUUGUUUGAACCGAGGUCAGUUAUGCUAGGUAAUGCCUUAAUCUUGGCAGAGAUAGGGAAUGCAUGCAGAGGCUCUUCAAGAGAGAGAAAUGAUGGAGAAAGGACAAACAUCCAUUGUCACAACAAAUAGAGGAACUUGGACUUGGAGCUGCAUUUAACUGCAUUGGGGUAAACGAAUCUUCCAGAACUGUGCAUCAGACACUUCAGACAAACACAGCAUCUGUCCUAGAAGGAUUUAAUUACGUGAAAUAAGCUCAAGAUAAACUGAUUUGUGUCAAUAGCUGUAAUAAACACAUUCUGCAUAGUUAAGAAGUCUCCAAGGCUUUGGAUAAUCAACUGAAAUCUCAAUUCAGUUUAACUCUGAUAAGCAUUUAUCAGUAAUUUUAGACAUUUAGUUGACUUGUAAGCAAUCCCGUAAGAUUACCAAAACCAAUUUCUUGAUUCACAGUUAUUACUGCAGUUGAAACUUUUUUUGCUGAAGUAUCCAGAGUGGUUACAAAAAAGGAUUUCCCUGGGAGUGAUUUUGCUGCCUGGGAAAAAUCUCACACAGGUGCAACUGAUUGGAAAAGCCAGACUACUUUUUUUUUUGUAAUGAGAAAAGCAAAAAAGAAUCCAACGAAGAGGCAGUGGUGUGUUGCCUUGCCAGCAAGGGAAGUCAAGAAGACUGCAAACUUUAAUGGAAGUAGAAUUUUGGAGGGAGAAAGCUAUAGACUGCUGUGAAUUGUACCCAAAAUUUUCUGGUUUACAGAACCAAUAGUUUAAGAAGCCAACAGAAAUAUGCCAAGAAAAGCUUUCAGUCAGAUAAUCUAACCUGGCUACUGGGGAAUGUUGCACUCUUUUGUGGAGGAGCUGACAGGGGAUACAAGUCAUCUGCCAUGCAAGAUCUGCUCUGCUGUAACCAAUUUCAACUGCAGCAGCCACCACCAGUUCCUGAUUGAAUGACACCAGUGCCACAGGGAUGGUGACCUUCUUCAGCUGAGAGGAACACAGCUGGGAAUGAGAACUUGGCAUCCAGCAAGAAGCAUCCAUAGGAGCCUGUUGAAGCAGCCACCUGAAGCACGGUUCUCUGAGCACUUUCAACCUGUAGCCUUGUGUGCCUCAUCUCUGGAUCACUGCUGCCUUUGGGCUUUCUCCUGGCCCUGAGUCAAUCUGCUCGCUGUUAAACGUUCUCCCAUCUGUUUUUGGCUCCACGCUGGAUUUCUGCUGGGCCCUGAAAGCAGUGAAUAGUUGUGAAGGAAAGUGAUGCAACUGAAGCAGAAUACAAUUUGAAGAGCCCUCCAUGUGGAGUUGCUGAAUACUGGAAGCCUCCCUUCAGCAUUCGUGGUUCCUUAGUUACUUCAGUGCCCUGGUGCCCCUGGCUGACAAAAGCCAUCUCCCCAGCCAUCCCGGUGUACAAUGGGCUCGUGUUCUUGUUUGUGCUGGCAAACUUCAGCAUGGCUACUUUCAUGGACCCUGGAGUUUUUCCACGAGCAGAUGAAGAUGAAGAUAAAGACGAUGACUUCCGAGCUCCACUCUACAAGAAUGUGGAGAUUAAAGGAAUCCAAGUACGGAUGAAAUGGUGUGCCACCUGCCACUUCUACCGUCCUCCACGCUGCUCUCACUGCAGCGUCUGUGACAACUGUGUUGAGGAUUUUGACCAUCACUGCCCAUGGGUCAACAAUUGCAUAGGACGGAGGAACUAUCGCUAUUUUUUUCUCUUCUUGCUGUCCUUAAGUACGCACAUGGUUGGAGUAUUCACCUUUGGCCUGAUUUUCAUACUGAACCACAUGGAAAAGCUGGGAGCAGCUCAUACCACCAUUACAAUGGCUGUCAUGUGUGUGGCUGGGUUAUUCUUUAUUCCAGUCAUUGGUCUCACUGGUUUCCAUAUUGUUUUAGUGGCACGAGGACGCACGACCAACGAGCAGGUUACAGGUAAAUUUCGAGGGGGAGUGAAUCCUUUUACCCGAGGAUGCUGUGGAAAUGUGGAACACGUGCUCUGCAGUCCUUUGGCUCCCAGUCUCCUCCACCUUCCACUGCAGGGAAGCUGUUUCAUGAUAACUAGGUACAUAGUUGAGCCCAAGAAGAAGCUGGCUGUGAGCGUGAAGCCUCCUUUCCUCAGACCUGAUUUAUCUGAACGACAGAUCACAGUGAAGAUCAGCGACAAUGGGAUCCAAGCCAACCUCAACCGGAGCAAGUCCAAAAUCAGCCUGGAAGGUCUGGAGGAGAAAGGUAUGGAUGUGCAACCACCGCUCCCACCCAAAGGAGAUCAAAGCAAAUACUCUGAGUUAAAAGGGCAGCUGGGGACCAGUGAAGAAAGUGGCCUUUCACCCAAGCUGAUCAGCCCUCCCACACCUGCCAUGUACAAGUACCGGCCAGCUUUCAGCAACAAUCCCAAAGUCCACUACCAUGCUGCUGCUGAGCAGAUCACCCUGCAGGAGGGACACAGCCAGGGGGCUCUGAUAGAAGAGGAUGGCAGGAGCCUUGAUUACCAGUCUGAACCCAGCCUGGACAUCCCCAGCUACCGCAAGAGCUCCCUUCACAAGACCUAUCAGUCUUCCCCACUCCAGAUAGAUUCCUUUGCUAUCAAUUCACGAUCUCUGAGCCUGAAAUCUGCUGGCAGGAGAGGGACAGACAAAGUGCCCCUUCAUCCAAUGAAGUCUGAAGGGGCGGCUUCCACUCCUUACAAAAGCAUCUUUUCUCCCAAUUCCCUGUCGAACAGAAAUGGGAGUCUUUCAUAUGACAGUUUGCUAAACCCCAUGUCACCCUCGGGGAGGAAGUGUGUUGCCCAUUCUGCAGUCAGCUCUGUCGGGUACCACUCACCAUAUUUAUCAGCCAAAAUGUGCCAUCUACGGGGGAGCGAGCUGCAACGCCAACCACCUCAGAGCUUCAGCCCAGUGCUGGGGGGCCCAGCUCCACAUCAGCGAGACCCCUCUCCAGUCCGCUAUGACAACCUCUCCAAAACCAUUAUGGCAUCCAUUCAGGAAAGGAAAGAGAUGGAAGAGAGAGAGAAGCUCCUCCACUCGCACCCUGAUUCCGUGUUUGCAGACUCAGGUGUCUAUGACACCCCUAGCUCUUACAGCCUUCAGCAAGUCAGCACACUCUCUGAAGACCCACGCAGCAUGGCGAUGAGAUACGGAUCUAGAGACAAUCUGAUGGCUGCUGCCAGUUUUAGCACAAGGAACCCUAUACUGCAGUCCUCAGUGUCUUCGCUCUCAAGUGCAAUGACAAGAGCUCCAAGGACUUCCACAACCUCUCUGCAAGCUGAUUUAGCCAAUAACAAUGUCCAGACGCACCAAGCACUACAAGGCAGGGUGAGCAAUGGCUCCUACAAAUCACCAGGCCACCAGGUCCCAUCGUCCCCCACAGGAAUGCCUAGGUCACCCUCUUAUGGAGGCCCAAAGUCUGUCUCCUUUGUAAACACUGUGGAAAUUACAGAGGUGCAAUCAGUGGGAGCACAAAGGGAUGAUAUACAGAUGAAGACACCGCACAGUAAAAUAAAUGGACAGCCAAAAGGAAUAUCUAGGCUAGGCUCAACGUCAAGUUCCCAAGGAACACCCGUCAGCCCUGCUAGACACUCAAAUGUUAAGAAGGUGUCUGGAGUUGGUGGAACAACCUAUGAAAUUUCAGUGUAAAAUAAAAUUAAAUGAAAACAAAGAGCCAUCCACUCAGCCAGCCAUGAAGCUAGGAGCACUGUGAAGACUCAAUUAACAACAAAGAAGGAGCAGCAGCAGCUGGCCACUCUCCUUUUAUUGUUUUGGAUUCAUUCUGUUUUCAUCUCUAUCUUUUGGCCAAAUAAACAGCUGCAGCCUUAUUCUUGACGGAAUAAAAUUGUACAGUCCAUCAGAUUCGUCUUAACCGACAGACAGGAGCUGGCUGCCACCUACCACCCCAACCACAGAGCGGAUUUUGUUAUGCAAGAGAGUGCUAAAGCCAUUGUGCGUCUGUCUGUCCAACAUCGCGUACCAGUAGUGCAGUGAAAAAAUGGUCAGUCCAGGAUCGUUCUGUUUUCCUGUGCCCCUUCCCAGUUCUUCUGGCCAGCCGUGGGUCCAGCAGGAGUCAGAGGUCCAGCUGCUGCUUUUCUGCUGGCGAGGAAAGGGUGCUCCCUGUGCCGGGCAGUCUGCAGGUGUGAGAGCUGCCCUGCGUCUCCCAGGCAUUGCAGGUCAGGUUCUGCUAGGCAGGAGCGUGGCAGGGCACCCUGCACUACAAACGCUGUGUCAUCUUCCAAAGGCUCCCUGCUCCUCAGUCCCAGCUGGGUGCAGGAGAAAAGGCAACAGCAGCUUCUCCAGUCUGCUGUUCGCCUUCCCACGUAUGAAAAAAAACGUGUGUGCACCCAUGUGUCUGUCUGAUGGGAAAGGACUGCACCACCAGUGAGGAUCUUCCACUCUCACCUCUCAUCCCUGUUUUUUAAAGGCUUCUCUGACUCAGAAAUAAAAUCCAUGUGGACACGAAAGGAAGUGUUCAGAUGGGAACAAGUUCUUAACAGUCAUCAGCUGCUUUCCCUGCACCCUCCCUCUUGCCUGUUGGAUCCAGGCAGUAAGGUGCUUACUGCCGUGCCUGGUGCCCUGUGCAGUCCUGCAGCAGGGUUAGCAUGAGCUGUUGAAUUUACAGUGUGUGUAACUGAGCCAAGCGUAAGUCUAUAGGAUAUAAAUUUGGUGUCUGCCUGGUGACUAGCACAUUCCCUCUGGUCUUCAGUACUGUAAGACAAAGGAUUUUUCUGUUUGGUUUUUGAAUUUUCUUUCCCUUAGGGAACAACUUUUUAAAAUAAUAUCAAUCAAAAUAUUUAACAUUCUGAGGUUUCCUUUCCCUGUCUCCAGAAAACUACAUUUGCUUUGUUGGAUUCAAAGACAACUUUGCUGUUUAAAAACAAACAGAAAACGCAAGAAAGGGUUACGCCAUUUUUUGUCUCAGAAAUCAGAACUCUGGUAACUCUAAUUUUGGGACAAAUAUUUAUUUCCUUUUUUUUUUUCUUUCCGUUCCUGAUCUCCUUCUCAUUUGUACGGAGGUCCAGACCAAUGCUGAGCAGCCAUAGUGUGCGUUCUGUUAAAAAUAUCCUGAGUGACUGUUGCCAAAGUCAGUAAAAAUCAUUAUUUAUCACUGAGCCAGUCAGCAUAUGAAACCUCGACUUUUCACCUCAUUCUCCUGGUAAAUAGUUUUGACUAGAGAGCUAAAUUCCUUGUUUUUCAAGAUAUUGGUUUCAAGGGGGUUAAAUCAUUUCCAAUCCUCGACUAUAAUGGAGAACUUUCCAGCUAAUUGGUAGCAAUUCAGGAUGUGUCGAUAACAUUUUACUUGUGUUCAUCUAUGUCGAGAUUAAUUAUUCCAGAAGGCAAAUAUUGACCUCAGUUUUGCCUGGUUAAAAUUGAUCUUUUGAUGUGAUAAAUGUUGACAUCUACUGCAAUACAGAGUUACUACAUGUUCCUUUUGUAUCGCAUGAUUUUGGAGAGGAAAACAUAAUUAUGUGUAAAGCUCUAUAUUGUCUGAAGGGAGAAAUCGAGAAAGCAGAGCAGCUGAAAUAGGCCAAAGUUAUGAGAGAGUGAACUAGGAAUCGGUGUGCAUUUUAUGGUCUCAGUGAUAUUCUAAAUGCCUGCUGUAAGGGCAUUGCAGAGCAGAGAAGCAGUCGUCCUUCUGUGCAGUUUGCUGGCAUGUGGAAUAUCGCCACUAGUUGGAGGCACCGCGGUGCCAGACGAGUGCUGGCAGACUGGAUCAGAUACAGAGGGCUGGAAGACUGCACAAGCUGGCUGAUAGGAAGAUUCAAGGGGCUAAAAGUGUGUCACUGGCCAAGCAGUGAAUAGGAAAUUGAGUAUGAUAAUUUUACGGAUGUGUUAAUUAAAAUAGGUAAAACCAAAGGCAAACCAGAGUUGUUCCCAGUAGCCAGUGGCCAGUCUACAUUUAGAAGGAGGAGUCAAGACGAUAGGGAAAGAGAAAGGGAGUAGUCUUCCAAGGCAGAAUACUGGAGACUACAGACUGAAGACAGCCAGACCUUAUUCAGACACAUGAUGAGAGAAGGUUCUGUUCAAGGUGGAGCUGCAGGGCCGAGGGGCUACGCUUUGCCAUCUUUAACUGUUACUGACCUGCAAUUCUACCCUGAUGUUAGCUCCUCUGGAAGGUGCAGGACUUCCUCAAGGGCUGGAAUUCACUCUGGUGCACAGAAUAACAUGAGACUUACCUGUUUGUUAAAUGUUAUGUCUGCCACACGUAAGGGAUGGUGACACAGAAUUUGGGCUCACCAUCUAGAUGAGGGCACAUAUUAUCAUGUAUCUAUGAAUAUGUGCAUGAAAUACAUGCAAGCUAAGCUGAGAAUCUGCACCAGUGUUGUAUUUGAGAUUUGCAUCCCAGUGAUGCUCCACUCUGAUCAUUUCUCCUGCAUUUGUAAAAGAAAACGCUACUGAGGAACUUGAAGGGCCAAAGAGCCUCUGAAAUUAACUGCAGGUCAAGAGAGAAGAAUCUCUCAGUAGGACUGAACACAGUGAUGUACGUAUAAAGCACUAAUAUCCAGGGUUCUUUCUGAAGGAAAGGGCAAGAUGGCUGCACUGUGUCAUUACAGGCUCAGAUGUAAGGAUUAUGUAUUUUGUGAGUAGUUUUAGCCACAAUUAAGACACAUUGGAUAUAGUAACAGGUUUACAAUGGUACCAAAGUCUUUUUUUCUUCUUCUUUUUUUUUUUUUUU